GAUAUGUUGCGAUACUAACUAGCUACACACUGGCCCAAAAGCCACGAAAAGAUGCGCCUUCACGGGAUUAAAACAAUAAAACAAACGCCAAGAAGUCCGGAAAAACUUUGCCCAACUGUGCCCAAACUUUGAUAAGACUACCAGUUUAAAUCACUUCCUUUCAGUUUCGAGUGUGUUAGCAUUGUUUUAUCUCACCACUGUUGCCGUUGUGGACGCGUUUUUUUUUUCUUCUGGAGCAGUCCAGUCUUGAUGAAUUCACCGAAAAAAGACGGAGAUGAUGAUGUGCCCGUUAAAGACCCGGUAAAAUACGGCGAAUUGGUCAUUUUGGGGUACAAUGGCUCUCUUCCAAGCGGAGACCGUGGGCGCAGAAAGAGCCGCUUCGCUCUGUACCGAAGGGCCAAGGCCAACGGUGUCAAACCCAGCGCUGUGCACAUCCUCAACACGCCACAGGACAGCAAGGCUGUCCACAGCAGGGGGCAGCACAGCAUCUCUUUCACUCUGUCCCGUAACCAGACGGUGGUGGUGGAGUAUUGCCAUGACAACAACACAGACAUGUUCCAGAUCGGACGCUCCACAGAAAGUCCCAUUGACUUCGUGGUGACAGACACCUCCGGAGGGGGGAAGGAGGGGGAGGACCCCUCCAUCGCUCCCAGCACCAUCUCACGCUUCGCCUGCAGAGUGGUGUGUGAACGCAACCCACCUUACACUGCACGCAUCUACGCCGCAGGCUUCGACUCCUCCAAAAAUAUCUUCUUAGGGGAAAAAGCAACCAAAUGGAAAAACCCUGAUGGGCACAUGGACGGCCUGACCACCAACGGGGUGCUGGUGAUGCAUCCGGAGGGGUUCCCAGAGGACCCCAAACAGGGUCUGUGGAGGGAGAUCUCUGUCUGUGGGGACGUCUACGCCCUGCGGGAGACACGCUCCGGACCCAGCCGGGGCAAACUGGCGGAGGGUGAGAGCAGCGCACUACGAGACGGUUCACUGGUCGACCUGUGUGGUGCCACCCUGCUGUGGCGCACAGGCGAGGGGCUCAUGCGCGCUCCCACCCUGCGUCACCUGGAAGCACUUCGCCAGGAGCUGAAUGCGUCCCGGCCCCAGUGUCCCGUCGGCCUCAGCACGCUGGCCUUUCCCAGCUUGCCACGCAGUCACAGCCUUGAAGAGCGUCAGCCCUGGGUCUACCUCGCUUGCGGCCACGUCCACGGACGCCACGACUGGGGCCAGAGAUCCGAGGGAGUGGAGAUGCCAGGAGAGGGCGAGGGCUCCACGACCCGCCGAGAAUGUCCCCUGUGCAGGAGCGUGGGCCCCUACGUGCCGCUGUGGCUGGGCUGCGAGCCUGCUGUGUACGUGGACGCUGGAGCUCCCACUCACGCUUUUGUGCCGUGCGGCCACGUCUGCUCAGAGAGGACAGCCAGGUACUGGGCCGAGACCCCGCUUCCACACGGGACGCACGCCUUUAGACCCGUCUGCCCCUUCUGCUCGUCCGCCCUCAGCACCCCCGGCUGGACGCGGCUCAUCUUUCAGGGCCCUAUCGACUAGUCGCCACUCCUCACUAGUCCACCACUAUCACAGUAACAGAAAGACGCCUGAGCUUCAUUCAUGGUGCAAACAUCAGUGUUCUGUAACGCUGUAUUCACACCAAAUCUGGCGUUGCGCGGAUUAGCGGCAGGGAUGUGCGUGAUGUAGGAGUGUCAGUUAAAUUGGCCUGUUUGUUGUAGAGUGGACCAACUAUAGAAAGCCAAUCUACGUAUCUCAGUGACCGAAUAUUUGUCUGCAGUACGUUUGUUUAUGAUGGUUUAACAAUUUAACAGUCACACUAACAAAUGCCUUUGCAAAAAAAUAAACAAUAUUAUAGACCAUAGAAUAUGUUAA